AUGUCAGAGAUACACGCCUGUGUAUCUACGAAUGCAAUAAAUGAUGUAAACCAGAAUGUGCACUCUCGCAUGUACGACGAUAGCUGCCAUACCCAGCGGAUUAGUUAUAACAUGGUUACCAAGAACUGCGAGGAGCUCGAAAGCGCUCUGUUUGACAGAGAUAUGGAUAUUGAAGAAUUGAAGCAGAAUCUAGAUGAUACCAAAGUGCACACCCAUGAACUGGAUCAGGAGAUCACUCACUUGCGAGAGCAGGUGGUGGAAGAGAGUGACGCCAUUGACAGAAUGGCGCACGCGGCUCAGGAUCGAAUGGUUGGCAGGACACAGCUCAACACUCAGUUCAAGGAGCUGGAGACUCAGAAAGCAACCCUGUAGAAAAACCUGGUUGAU